AUGAGUCCAGUGACAUUGGAAGAAGCUCUCAGUCAGGCUGUCCGCAAGGAUGUAAACCUGGUGGUUCGACAUGUCGCCGGUGCUCCAACUCCUUGUCCACCAAUCUUCUCAGCACCAAUAGGUGAACCGGAUGAGCCUACUAUAUGCAAGCAGCACUUCCUAGCUGUCUCCAUUAACCCUGGUGCCGAGAAGGAAACAAAGCAGGACACAGACAACGAGGAUUCCGCAGACAGUGACGAGCUGCUUGUUUUCGCAAUUGAGGUGCUAGUGUACACAACAGACAAGUUAUCUACUCUCUUUGUCUCUAAAGCCGAUUCUACCGGCUAUCUUUCUCUUUUAAACCAUGAUCAGAACUCACCAGUAGCAUACUCAUUGACAAGGAAUGUCUUGAGCACAUUUUUAUACCACCUUGUUCGCAUUUACCAGAAGCCGGGUAUUACCCUUGUUCUCUCCCUCUUUGCAAGGGCACAGGAUCAAUACCUCUUCCCGGGGAGCUCGGAACACAAGGGGAAACAUAUAUUGGACGACCGCGGACUAAUAAAAUGGUGGUGUCGCGUUAUUGACCCUAUCAUGAGAUCCUUAGAGCAGGGAAACAAUGAUCGCUCACUUGUCAACUCCCCCGAUGCUGCGACUGUCCCCACAAAACAGUCUGUUGCAACCCAUCUUAUCGUUCCCGGCUGUGAUACAUUCGAAACCAAGAAUUUCAUUCCAAAGAGUGGAGGGCCCGUCAAUACCCCUGGUAGCCGCUGGAGACUUGAUUACCCUCUCCACCAAAUCUGUUCUUAUCCCAAUGCCCCCCCUCGCUGUCUAGUUCCUCGGUUCCCUGAUGACCCGAAAGCACGAUUUCUUAUUGAUCUCGACGAUGAGAUAACAGACGAAAACCCCCCUCAUGAGCUGAAGAAUUCUGGGAGGUGGCAUAGUGUAAAAACGCUCGAUCAAUUUUGGGAAAUGAUGUCCUAUCGUCAGGAGUGCUCGGCUGGCAGGCUAGUUGGGUUUCUUUGGAUGGUUGUCAAGCCUUCUACCGACCCCGUCAAGGUUUCUGAUCCGACUUCCCCUAAGGGUAGCUCCACAGACGAAAACCAAACAGUAAAAUCCGACCCACUCGCAAAUAGGGAAAGCCCUACUGAGAAGUUGUCAGCGAAUCAUAAACACAGCAUCGACAAUUCGAUAAUUGAAAUCAGCAACAGCGACUACAAAGCCCUUGCAGGCUUCCUUCUUGAUCUUGAUUUUUCCAACCAGUCGGAUGCGACGGCCAACACGAAGCUGUGGAUUGAAGAGCUUUCUUCUUUGAGCGGCUGCAAUAAGAAAGGCCUAAGGAUCACAGGAACGGCAGCUCCAGUCGGGCCACCACCUCCAACAGUAACAUCGGCGCCCCCUGUCUCCACCAAUGUGCUAGGCGAUGGGUUGAUACGAAAAAGGAAACGACAACCAAGCGACACUGCAGCAGUCCCGGGGGACAACACAGUCAUGCCUGCUCAUUGCCCUUCUUCAUCCCAGACAGCACGAGACGGCUCAAAAGAACACACCGAUAUACCAGCAACCACUGUAACUCAAGAACAGAUAUCAAACGAACCAUCUGUCAAUGUUUUGGGUGGUAGCUCAAUCCGAAAAAAGAAAAAGUAG